CUUAUUACAAAUCGUUGACGGACAAAAGUUAUAAAUGUCUGGACAAAGCAAUAUUAGCGAGUCACAAAUUAACUUUACUAUGUCUGUCCCAAAUUUCACCAAAUCGUAUCUAAAUUCGAGUGAGUCGCUGCUGAACUUUACAGAGCUACCAUUCAACUUUAGUGAAUCGCAGACAAACGUAACCGAGUCGCUCUUCUACGAUGACGAAGCGCAUGAAUCCAACGACGAGGAAAAAACAUGGAUGUUCGGGGCACCGUUGCUUCUUGUGUUUGGAACGAUCAGUAACAUUCUUGUCAUCGCAGUAUUAAUGCGGAAAAAAUUCCGUCAAUCUUCGUGGGGACUCUACUUGACGAUCUUAGCUAUCUGCGACACUCUUUUAUUGUAUAUGUUCAGCUUAGACUCCUGGCUUCAAAUCGUCUUCAAAGUGUGGAUGUCGGAUGAAACAGUCGCCGGAUGCAAGGUAUUUCGAUUUGUCAGCUACUUUCUGGUCCACUUUGUCGCCUGGAUUCUCGUAGCGGUCAGUUGUGAGCGUAUUGUAUUCAUCUAUUUCCCCAUGAAGGCUAGGAUCGUCUGUCGAAGACGAACUGCUUGUAUCGUGUUGGGAACCAUUGCAUUUAUCCUCACUGGAGUGAACGCUCAUAUCUUCUGGACGUUCUCGCUCACAGAAUAUGAUGGCUUCUAUUAUUGCGACCUCGUGGAUAAUAUCGCUGAAGUGAUGGGUCCUCAGUUUGUGAUUAUAUUCUUAUGGCUGGACCUCAGUAUUGCGUCUCUUGUGCCAUUUGUCUUGAUGAUCAUCUGCAAUAUUACAAUUAUCACAAAAUUAAUCCAGUCUGAUCGGCAACGACAGGUGGCGACAUCUGACAGCGCCCAAAAAAGUAGUACGACAUCCAUCGCCAUCAUGUUGGUCUCUACCUCCACGAUGUUUUUAAUGCUGACCCUCCCUGUAGCUAUCUGCAUGGUCUUAUCACUCAAUGAUGAAUUCACCUCUACUGGCAACAACAUGGCCAAUCUGAAAUUUGCCAAAGGAAUUGCAGAGUUCGUACAACAGAUCAACAGUGUGUUGAACUUCUGGCUGUAUUGUCUGACUGGAAAGGCCUUUAGGACAGAACUGAAGACGAUGCUUUGCUGUGGAAGAUUUAGUCGCACACCAGGGAUCUCAAACGCUUACGUCACGCGUUCUACAUCUGCGACAACUGCAAUGGAACAGAAACCUACAACCAUGGAUAUGAAAGCAAAUGGACAAAACCCCACAGUUGAAAAGGGACAAGACGAUAGCAAACUAUGAUAUGCACUGUCUGUAAUGUAUACGC